AUCAGUUAACAACUGGCCUUGGAAAUGUCACACUGUCACUUAAACCACUUUUCCCAGUGCAGUGAAACAUGGAAAUAUGCAGUUGCUGAUCCUGAGAACACAUGUCACAUACCUGUGGCUGAGCAGGGUUUUGGGAGAAGGCAGCAUUCACAUGGGCUCACAGUGAGGACAGCAGAAGGAGGAAUGUGAAGCUCUCCUCUUUUGUUAUCAGGCCAGCCCCAGCAUGUCCCAGCUUCUUAUCAGCCCUAGCAGAGCUGGGUUCUGACGUGCUGAGCCUCCAUACAUCCUGCCAUAGGGUGCUAUAGAGGCCAGCCCCACUGCCUCCCAUUUGCACAUAAAGAGGCACUGUGAUGCACGUCAUGACAGAUAUCAACCAGGCCUGGCAGAUAGACAACGUGAAGAGAGGCAAUGCUGGACCUCAUCAUCCUCAGCAUCCAUUUCUUCAUCUGCUUUCUCAUAUCCAUUGCCAUCUGGUGUGGAGCAAAGGUUUUGAGGGGAGAAGGUGGUUAAAGUGCAGAGAUGUAGAUUUGCACAGCUCAAGCAGAGGAGCAGCUGAAAUGAGGCCAGAUGGUCUUAUAUUUAUUGGCAAAGAAGAGGACAUAAAGAAGUCUGGAAGAAUAACAGCCAAAAUCAAUGGCAGAGAAAUUGUUGUUUUCUACCAUGAGGGGAAAUUUCAUGCUCUGGACUCUCGCUGCUACCAUGAAGGAGGCCCUUUGUGUCGUGGAGAAAUAGAGGAUAUCCAUGGCCAAGCAUGCAUUGUUUGUCCUUGGCAUAAGUUUAAAAUUACCUUGGAAACAGGAGAAGGAUUAUAUGAAGGAAUAAACCCUCUGGAGCCAUCACCAACACCACAGUGGCAAUCAAAAGGAGUCAAACAAAGGAUUCAUAAGCUCACAAUAGACAAUGGAAGCGUUUAUGUGUGUCCUCCAGAUUUGUCUGUGAGCUUUGACUCUGACUAUUUUGCUGAAAAGUACAAAAAUGGUGGUGAGUUAGCUAUGGGGAAACAAAGCCACUCAGAAGCAGCAGAGUAGGUCGUGGCCAGAAAGCAGAAUCCUGAGGAAUGCACCAAUGAAGAACCACUGUCAUGAAAUAAAAAUGCACUGUGCCACGAAGAUCAUCUCCAGAUUAAAUUCUAUUGUUAAUGUUAUGUUAAAGGAUUGAAACACGUAGAAUUGAGUAGGAUAAAAAGCCCUGCAUUGCCUGAAAUGUGACUGAUCUUCUGCCAAGGACUUUUUUUUUUUGCAUUUCAGAAAGUCUUAUUUACAGUAGAGUACCUUAUAAUAUUUGACAUUUUAGAAGCUCUAUUUUGCUAGAACUUUUUUAAAUUUUAAGAGGGGAUAUAGUAUGUUACGGCUUAUAAAACUUAUUACAAAGCUAAAGGUAAAUAGUCAGGUGUAAAGGUUAUGUUUAUAUACUUAACAGUUUCUACUUAUAAUGCCUUCAGUAUAAAUGAAAUGGAAAUUUUUAAUUUUUUGGUAUUUGACUGAUCUUUAGGUGUUUAUUAAGUGCCACAAAUGGAAGUACAACACUUCAGCAUUUUUUAGUGAGCUUUUUUAUGCCUGUUCAUGCAUUAGUACUGUGAAUCUAUAGAGGUAUUUAUUUUCCUUCUCCUCAUUGAACUCCUCUUGUUCAAAUUAUCAUAUAAUGUGACAAUCACAUCAUCAAAUAAUGUGACAAGAAAUUGUUAUGUAUAACUCGUUCUUCCUGCUUCUGUUGGUUAAAGAGGAAGUUGUUAGGUAUAGUAUGUGAUGUAGUGGCCCUCAUUUGCUUGUUUUCAUUUAUUGUAAAUACAUUUUUAUACAUUUAUUUGAAAA